AUGGCUAUUGGGUCCAUGAAUGCUAAAGCCAUUUAUGCAGCCAAUCCAACUUCAGACCACCAUACCUGCACUCGAUCUUGUUUUGGUGUACAGAUCCAAUCACAACUCUUCAUCCCAUUUGAACUGUUUUUUCAUUCACAUACCAACACGUAUAUGUCUGUCAACAACGACCAGUACCGAGUCACCAAGCGGAGCAGUGCCUGGCGCGGCCGCGGCGGCAACCGUGGUGGCGGCAACGGCGGCAACGGCGGCAAUGGCGGCUGGGUCGGCGGUGCCCCCGGCGGCUGGGCUAGUAGCCCUAUGGUCCUCGUUCCUGCGCCCGGUGUCUGGGGUCCUGCUGGUGGUGGCGGCGGCGGCAACGGCGGUAACGGCGGUAACGGCGGCGGCGGCAAUCGCGGCGGCCGUGGUGGUCGUGGCGGCAGAGGCGGCCGUGGUCGUGGUGGUGGUCGUGGCGGCCUCGCCGCGAGGCAAGAGGCGGUGUUGCGUGGCCUCGGCGGCGAUGGCGGCGGCGGCAACGACGAUGGCGGCAGCAGCCGUCAGAUUGGUGAGAUGAUUAGGGAGAGAGAGUGGUUGGUGGGUCUUCUUGCUCCUGAUGGGCCCAUUAGGGCAAGAAUCGCGUCUCUCGACGCACAAUUAGAUGUCCCGGCUCGCCUUCUUCGUGAAGGUCAAGAGCGGCUGGCGGCGAUGGCGGCACUGGCGGCGGCGGCAAGCAGUGGCGGCAAUGGCGGCGACGGCACAGCGGCAAAUGGCGGCGGCGAUGCGGCAGCGGCAAAUGGCGGCGAAGGCGGUGGUGGUGGCCCUGGUGGUGAAGAUGGUGAAGAAAUCCUCUACGAGGAUGAGGAUAUGGACGACUUGAUGGGUGUUGACGCUACUUUAUUUAAGUAA